AUGCCAGGCCACCCAGGAGAAGCUGAGCACCUUGUCAAGACCAGGUGGAGGUCCUGGUGCUUGGGGCUCUGGAAGGCCCUUGCCCCACUGCAGGCUGCCUGGGAUGCCUUCUCCCAGCCUGUUCCAGCCACCUGUGGCCAGCUGCUGACCCAGCUCCUCCUGUGUGCUUCCCUGGCUGCCGCUGCUGCAGGUCUGGCUUAUCACUGGCUGGUGACCUCUCUGCUUUAUCCUCCUGGACCUUCAGCCAAGGUGGCCGCUGUCUGUGGCCUCCUGGUCUUCCUGGGCUUGGGCCUGGUGCCCCCAGUCCGCUGCCUGUUUGCACUCAGCAUGCCCACCCUGGGCACAGAGCAAGGCCGCCAGCUGCUCCUCUCCUAUAGCACUGCCACCCUGGCCAUUGCUGUGGUGCCCAAUGUCCUGGCCAACGUGGGUGCAGCUGGGCAGGUGCUGAGGUGUGUCACCGAGGGCUCCCUGGAGAGUCUGCUCAACACCACUCACCAGCUGCACGCAGCGUCCAGGGCUCUGGGCCCCGCAGGUCACGUGGGCAGCCGGGGCCUGACAUUUGAGGCCCAGGGCAAUGGCUCUGCCUUCUACCUUCACAUGCUCAGGGUCACUCAGCAGGUCCUGGAGGAUUUCUCUGGCCUGGAGUCCCUGGCCCGGGCAGCAGCACUAGGUACCCAGAGAGUGGUCACAGGGCUGUUUAUGCUGGGCCUUCUGGUGGAGUCGGCCCGGUACCUCCAUUGCUACCUGACGGACCUGCAGUUUGACAAUAUCUACGCCACACAUCAGCUGACCCAGCGGUUGGCACAGGCCCAGGCCACACACCUUGUGACCCCUCCGCCCACCUGGCUGCUCCAGGCAGCUCGGCUGAGGCUGUCACAGGAGGAGCUGUUGAGUUGUCUUCUAAGGCUGGGGCUGCUUGGCCUGCUGCUGGUGGCCACAGCUGUGGCGGUGGCCACAGACUAUGUGGCCUUCCUCCUGGCACAGGCGACCGUGGACUGGGCUCAGAAGUUGCCAACCAUGCCCAUCACACUCUCCGUCAAGUAUGAUGUGGCAUACACCGUCCUGGGCUUCAUCCCUUUCCUCUUCAACCAGCCACCUCCGGAGAACCCCUUUCUCUCUGUCCACAGCUCCUACCAGUGGGAGCUCCACCUCACCUCUGCCCGCUGCCCACUGCUACCCGCCCGGCGUCCCCGAAUGGCUGCCCCACUGGCCUCAGGGGCCCUGCAGCUCCUGGCAGGCUCCAUGGUGCUCCUGGAGGCCUAUGCCCGCCGCCUGCGGCACGCCAUCGCUGCUUCCUUCUUCACAGCCCAGGAGGCGAGGAGGAUCCGCCACCUGCACGCCCGGCUCCAGCAAAGACACAACAGGCACCAAGGCCACCAGCUGUCCCUGGGCGCUCCUUCGUGCCCCACACACAGACCUGCCUGCAAGCCUCCAGCAUGGAUAGACCACAGGCUGGCUGCCUUGAGAACCGAGAGUAGUGAGGAAGAGGGGAAAGAGCUUUGGAGUUGCACAGACCUGAGUGGCACCCUUGGCCCUGUGCCGCCUCCCUGUGUGACCUUUGGUAGGUCACUUCACCUCUCUGAGCCUCAGUUUCUUCAUCUGCGUAACAAUCUCGUAUUUACCAUUGAUGCGACCUACUUUCUACACAGGGGUGUGGUCAGGAUGGAAGGAGAUACUGGGCGUGACAGGCCUGGAUGA